CAAAAUUUGAAAUAUGAGGCUUGGCUGCCCCGAGCAACGCCAUGAAAACCAAAACAAUUCCAAAAUGUGCCCCCAAACCCCAAACGUCUGUGCAACUUUCACUUGGAGCAGGCAACAAUGUCGAACAAGAGGUUCUAUUUACGUCUGGAACUGCAGUUACAUGCGGUCACCUGUCCGGGCGUCUGGCUGUGCUCGCACGGCUAUCUGGAGGCCACGCUCAAGACACUAGGCUACUAUUUUCGUACGGGCGCCAUGGAGCCACGCUUUCCCAUGCUCUGCCACGAUCAGUUCACCAUGGAGGGCUACUUCAGGCGUGUGGAUUCAAUGCAACAGAUGCGAGAGCUGCUCAACGCUGAGCAGCUGGAAAUAACGCUCUGGCAGAAUGGACGCCGAUUGGCCUACUAUGUGGGCAGCUUGUCGGAUGUGAUGCAGCCGCCAAUACCACGUCUGAGCUGUGCGCACAGCGAUAACGUGCAGCUGCUGAUGAAGGCGACGAGCGCCUUUCCCGGCAUCAUUGCCCCUAAGGUGGAGCUGUCUGCGGUACUAAGCACAAAGGAUAAACAGCGCAGCUGCUGUCAAGUGGAUCUGCAACGGCCGUUGGGCAAUCGUCAUGUGGAGAGUCGUUGCUUGAGUCGUUUGGAGCGUCCACGUAAGCAACAACAGCCUGUCUGCCAUUCCAAGCGCUCGAAUUGCUGGCCAAACAGUUCCAGUUGCAGUUACGCAAAUAGUUCGGAGCAGCUUGAGCGCAGAUUGUCCACCUGCUCGAGCAGCACACAGCUCAGCACUCAAUCGCAGACACUCAGUCAGCACUCGCACGGGACGCAGUGCAGCCUCAGCGGUGCUGCUGCCGAGCAUCAGAGCAGCUGCCACAUCUGCCUGGCAUACCGAAGAUUGUUUGAGACUUGGUAAUUAAAAUAAAUGUGCUUAUAUUUAAACAGUAA